GAGCUCAGCCGCACACUUCAGGAGGUUGGGGCGAGGCCCGACACGGCGGUUGGACGCUUCCGCAAAGAUGGCUACAGCCGCGGGGAGAAGCGCUCGGCUGGCGGCCUGGGGCGGAAGACUGCGGCGGAGACUCGCGGCCAGCCGACGAGCCAUGCCGAGUCCCGGCCCUCUGGCAGCGGUCGUGGCCGGCGUGGCCCUGGGAGGGGCAGGAGCGGCGUGGCAUCACGGCCGCGUGAAAGUUGCGGCGCGCGAGGGCAGCCUCACGGUGCUGGCGCAGAAAAAUGACUGUGGACCCAUAGAGAAACUGUCUCUUCGUAAACAGCGGUUUAUGCAGUUUUCUUCACUGGAACAUAAUGGAGAAUAUUAUAUGACACCCCGAGACUUUCUCUUUUCAGUGAUGUUUGAGCAAAUAGAACGUAAAACACUAGUCAAGAAGCUGGCAAAAAAGGAUGUGGAGGAUAUACUGACAGGAAUCCAAACUGCACGUUGUGGAUCAACUUUUUUUAGAGACCUAGGUGACAAAGGGGUAAUUUCAUAUACUGAGUACCUUUUCUUGCUUACAAUCCUCACUAAGCCCCACACUGGGUUUCAUGUUGCUUUUAAAAUGCUGGAUGCUGAUGGUAAUGAGAUGAUUGAGAGAAAGGAGUUUUUUAAGCUGCAGAAGAUCAUAAGUAAACAAGAUGACUUCAAGACAGUGAAAACUAAUGAACCAGAAUACCAGGAACCAAAAAUGAAAGAACCCGAAAUUAACACAACCCUUCAGAUGCGUUUCUUUUUGAUCAAACUUUUGGUUGCCAGAUAUCUGUACAACCAAGUUGAAUCUGGGAGUCCCAGAUUGGACAGGAACUGGACUUGUCCAGCUUCUUUGCCUCCUCUCCCCCACAACCCACCCUGUCAGAGGCCAGCCACCCAGUGGGAAGAGUGGACUCUUGCAAUCCCACUUACAAUAUUAAAGUUGAAUGUUACUAGUUCUUUAUGUCAAUUUUGUAUUUUAAUAUUUAGGUUUAUGGAAAAUUUACAAACAGAGAUUCAAGAAAUGGAAUUCCUUCAGUUUUCUAAAGGUCUGAAUUUCAUGAGAAAAGAAGACUUUGCAGAGUGGCUACUUUUUUUCACUAACUCUGAAAAUAAAGAGAUUUAUUGGAAAAAUGUGAGAGAGAAGUUGUCGGCAGGAGAGAGCAUUAGUUUGGAUGAGUUCAAGUCAUUUUGCCAUUUUACGACGCAUUUGGAAGACUUCGCUAUCGCCAUGCAAAUGUUUAGCUUAGCUCAUCGCCCUGUUAGACUGGCGGAGUUUAAGAGAGCUGUGAAAGCAACAACAGGACAAGAGCUCUCCAACAAUAUUUUGGACACUGUCUUCAAGAUCUUUGAUCUGGAUGGUGAUGACUGCCUUAGCCAUGGGGAGUUUCUUGGAGUAUUAAAAAACAGGAUGCAUCGAGGCUUAUGGGUAUCACAACAACAGAAUAUACAAGAAUACUGGAAAUGUGUGAAGAAAGAAAGCAUUAAGGGAGUCAAAGAAGUCUGGAAACAAGCUGGAAGGGGCCGUAUUUAAAGAAACGACAGCGCAGCAAUCAGUCGCUCCAGAUACCAGAAUUUGGGAUAGUUAUUUUCAAAGAACUAGCUGCUUUUUUUAAGUCUUCAUUGAUUUGCUUUGUAAUAUAAAGAUGCCAUGUACUCAUUUUCUAAUUCAGUAAUUUUGUUGGGGGACAGACUGGAGGGUGUGUCACAGGGAGUUAUGUGGAGGUCAGAGAACAACUUGUGGGAGUUGGUUCUCUCCUACCCUGUGGGUUGCAGAGAUUGAACUCAGGUGGUCAGCCUUGGCAGCAAGCACUGUUACCUGCUGGCUGAUCCAUCUCUCCAACCCUGAUUCAGUAACUUCUUGAUUAAUAAAAAGAACAGAAGGCAUUCCUUUACAAAAACACAUCCUAGAUUGUUAGAGGCCUAUAUACAAAGUGAUGCUUUCUGAUUUGGUAAGAUAGAAAGCCUAGGUGGCCACUGAGUUCUUAGACACAAGAAUGUGAUAUGCUUUCUAGAAAGCUAAACGAGUACCUGCAGGAAAAAAAAGGACUUAAUUCUCAAGGCCAGUGUCCCUUCCAGAAGUUUCUAUGUUUCCAAUAGAAUAAAUGAAGUUGAAAACUUGCUCUGAUUUUUCUUGUCUGAAUCCUAUCUCAUACAUGAAUGUUUUAUUUCAGUUCUCCUAAUUGUAUGUUAUCUUAAACAUAGCAUGUGACAAUAUCUUAUCUGAAAGCAGAAUAAAAUAUUUACAUUGA